AUGGAUAUGAAUGGGAUGACUAUGCCAAUGGCUACAUCGACAAGUUCCGCAGCUAUGGCCAGCGGCACCGGAAUGAAAAUGGACGGAAUGGGCAUGGGAGGCUUCCUCGCCAAAUCAUGGCACAUAACCUCUCGCGGCAUGUUCGCCGGCUCGUGCAUUGGAGUAAUCUGCCUCGUCUUGAGCCUCGAGCUCCUCCGCCGUCUGGGUCGAGAAUACGACUCGUUCAUUGUACGUCGAGCCCGUCUUCGAAGACUCUACAUGUCGGACUCUUCCACCGCCCAAUCCGUCUCAAACGUUCCCCUGCGGAGUGAAGAAGAUACCAUCAAGCCGUCUGGCAACUGCUGCAGCGGUAACGCAGAGCCAGAUGCUACGUUCUACAAUGCAGACGACGACGUAAUUACUCCUGUGUCGGGUACCCCCCAGAACGGAGCUUCGAGAAAGCAGGCUUCUGCUGCGUCGGCUAAUGCCAUGCGGGAUGUCGGUGUCCAGCGCAUUGAGAGACAGGAGGGCAUGCGUGCUCCGUAUCGUCCGUCGCUUGUUGAGCAUACUGUACGCUCUUUGCUGCAUAUGACACAGUUUGCUGUUGCGUACAUCAUCAUGCUGCUUGCUAUGUACUUCAAUGGGUAUAUCAUCAUCUGUAUCUUCAUUGGUGCUUUCCUUGGCGCGUUUAUCUUCUCCUGGGAACCGGUGGACUUGAAUAAGGAGUCAGAUGCUACGUCUGUCACUAAGUGCUGCGGUUAA